AUGCAGUUUCCCAUGGGCCCCGCCUGCAUCUUCUUGAGGAAAGGCAUCGCCGAGAAACAGCGGGAAAGACCCCUGGGACAAGAUGAGAUCGAAGAGCUUCGGGAAGCAUUUCUUGAGUUCGACAAGGACAGAGAUGGGUUCAUCUCCUGUAAAGAUUUGGGGAAUCUCAUGAGGACGAUGGGUUACAUGCCCACAGAGAUGGAGCUCAUUGAACUGGGCCAGCAAAUCCGCAUGAACUUGGGUGGCCGUGUCGACUUUGAUGAUUUCGUGGAGCUGAUGACACCCAAACUGCUGGCCGAAACAGCAGGGAUGAUCGGUGUCCAGGAGAUGAGAGACGCCUUCAAGGAAUUUGACGCCAAUGGAGAUGGAGAGAUCACCCUCGGGGAGCUGCAGCAGGCCAUGCAGAGGCUCCUGGGAGAGAAGCUCACACCCCGUGAGAUCUCGGAGGUUGUGCAGGAGGCCGAUGUGAACGGAGACGGUACCGUCGACUUUGAAGAGUUUGUGAAGAUGAUGUCUCGCUGA